CUGCUUCCAAUGAAAGCUCAGAAAUUCCAUCCGGAACAUUUUUCCUGCUAAAAAGCUCUUUUUAGUUACUUCCAGAGUUCUGUUCCAGAAUAUUGGGGUUUCUCCAAGUCUAACCAUUAAUCAGUGAGACUGGUGCCCCCCUUUUCAUUACUUCUAUCUGGCCUUCUGAUAAACUCUUUAGAUGAGAUACACUGCAUCAAAACCAGUACCCCAACAAGGGCUUUGAGAAGUGCCUCAGAGACCUCUGUCCUUUUGGAAGUCUCUCUCCACCUAUAUCUCCACUAAAGAUGGAUCUAAAACUAAAAAAUCCUGAGUUCUGGUAUAGUCUCCAUGGCCAGGUCCCAGGGCUGCUGGACUGGGACAUGGGAAAUGAGUUCUUCCUGCCUUGCACCACAGACCAGUGCCCCUUAGCUGAGCAGACCCUUGCCAAAUACAGACUCCGAGUAAUGGAUACUCUGAAAGUACCUCAAGAGACGAGCCCCAGCCCUGGAAAAGAUGGUCCUAACUCUGAACCCAACCUGUGGAUGUGGGUGAAUCCCAACACUGUGUGCCCCCCUGGCAGCCAGGAGGCCCCAAAGCCCAGUAAGAAAAAGGAUCUGGUGAGCACACUUCCUUCCCCUCAGCUACUCCCAAAGGAUGAAGUGUCUAACUGCUCAGAGGCCACAGUGAUGGAGUCCCUGUCACCUUCCUCCAGCAAGCAGUCUCCCCUACAGAAGCGGGUCACCUCUUCCCCCGGUGACUGGGAGCUCACAGAAGAGGAGACUGAGGAACAAGAUAACUCCUCUGUGGCCCUCCAAUCCCCAAACAAAGGGGAGUGCUUCCAGAGCCAGAAGGUAUGUCAAGGCGACAGCCAGGAGAAGUCCUGGCCCCGGCCGCCCCUCAAUUAUAGUCACCUAAUUGCUCUGGCACUAAGAAACAGCCCCCCCUGUGGCCUCAAUGUGCAAGAGAUCUACAGUUUCACCCAACAGCAUUUCCCCUUUUUCUGGACAGCUCCAGAUGGCUGGAAAAGCACCAUCCGCCACAACCUUUGCUUCCUGGGCAGCUUUGAGAAGGCGCCAGUCAGCCUUCAGGAUGGGGCCAAUGCAAGGCCAAGGUCUGGCCUCUGGAGGCUUACUGAGGAGGGACACCGCCGCUUUCAGGAGGAGACUCGUGCCUUAGCCUCCACUCGGAGGGAGAGCAUUCAACAGUGCAUGAGCCAGCCAGAUGUGAUGACCUCCCUCUUUAACCUUUGAACAACCACUGCUCACUUUCUGGAACACUGCUGUCUUUACUGUGCCUACCUAUGACCUGAUUGGCCCUCAUUAAUCACUAAGCCCACCCCACCUGGUAGGUGCCAAGCCUAUAUUUAACUACUGCUACAAGAAUGGCAUUAAAUAAAGUCAGAGGUGGAUAGAGAAGACGCAAAAGCAUGGAAAGUUGCAUAAGGGCAGUGGUAGUUGUUUUACAUUUUGAGCACAGGUAGGAAAUCCUGGGAACAACAGCAUGGAAGUUGAGAGAAGAGCAUAUAUAAUGAGAAAAGGAAUUCUGUUUACUGAAGAGUAUGGUCACACAUGAAAGCAAAUGGUGGAGUAUAAAGCAUCAAAUGCAGGAUGGAGCCAGGCCUUCGAGAGUCUCAAAUGCCAUGUGAAGCUGUAUAUGCUUAAAGAGAACUGGGUUGGAUAUUCAAAGCCUGAAGAUUCAAGUGUUCCCCUUCUACCAUUCAUCAGCUAUAUCUACUUUUUCAGUGACCCAUUUUACUCUUCAGGGCCUUACUUUUCUCUUUCUGAUCCUGGACUUCUCAGCCUUGUUCUGUUGCCAUCCAACUCCAUUAUUGACAAAUAAUUCCAAGCAGCUACUUUUAGUUUGGAUAUUGAAAGCCCUUGAAUUGAGCCUAUAUUAACCCCAAGCCUUUUGAUGACAAAACUUU